ACUCUUGGCGAGGUUUUGUACAGUUCGCUCCGGGAGCUGUUUCUUCGCUUCCACCUUUUCUCCCCCACACUUCGCGGCUUCUUCAUGCUUUUUCUUCUCACCAUUUCUGGCCAAAACUACAAACAAGACUUCACAGAUCGAGCGUGCGUGCUGCCGGCGCCGGGCGCCGCGUCCAUGCGAAGUGCCCAGUGAGCCGCCCCGACCGAUGAGGCCGCCGAUCAUGGCGGAUGGCCCCCGCUGCAAGCGGCGCAAGCAAGCCAACCCCCGCAGGAAGAACGUGGUGAACUAUGACAAUGUAGUGGACACAGGUUCUGAAACGGAUGAGGACGACAAGCUUCAGAUUGCUGAGGAGGACGGGAUUGCCAACCCCCUGGACCAGGAGAGGAGUCCAGCCAGCGUGCCCAACCAUAAGUCCUCGCCACACGUGAGCCAAACGCUGUUGCCAAGAGAGGAAGAGGAAGAUGAGAUAAGGGAGGGUGGAGUGGAACAUCCCUGGCGCAGCAAUGACAUUCUGCAAGCCUCUGUAGAUGGUCCAGAAGAAAUGAAGGAAGAUUAUGACACUAUGGGGCCAGAAGCCACUAUCCAGACCGCAGUUAACAAUGGUACAGUUAAGAAUGCAAAUUGCACAGCGGACUUUGAAGAAUACUUUGCCAAAAGGAAACUGGAGGAACGCGAUGGCCAUGCAGUCAGCAUUGAGGAGUACCUUCAGCGCAGUGACACAGCCAUCAUUUACCCGGAAGCGCCCGAAGAGCUGUCUCGCCUUGGCACACCAGAGGCCAAUGGGCAAGAAGAGAAUGACCUGCCACCUGGAACCCCAGAUGCUUUCGCCCAACUGCUCACCUGCCCCUACUGCGACCGGGGCUACAAGCGCUUGACAUCCCUGAAGGAGCACAUCAAGUACCGCCACGAGAAGAACGAAGAGAACUUCUCCUGCCCUCUCUGUAGCUACACGUUUGCCUACCGCACCCAGCUCGAGCGACAUAUGGUGACGCACAAGCCAGGGACAGAUCAGCACCAAAUGCUGACCCAAGGAGCAGGUAAUCGCAAGUUCAAAUGCACGGAGUGCGGCAAAGCCUUCAAAUAUAAACACCAUCUGAAGGAACACCUGCGAAUUCACAGCGGUGAAAAACCAUACGAGUGCCCAAACUGCAAGAAACGAUUCUCCCACUCUGGUUCCUACAGUUCACACAUCAGCAGCAAGAAAUGCAUUGGUUUAAUCUCAGUAAAUGGCCGAAUGAGAAACAACAUCAAGACGGGUUCUUCCCCUAACUCCGUUUCUUCUUCUCCUACUAAUUCAGCCAUUACCCAGUUAAGAAACAAAUUGGAGAAUGGAAAACCACUCAGUAUGUCUGAACAGACAGGCUUACUUAAAAUCAAAACAGAACCACUAGACUUCAAUGAUUAUAAAGUUCUUAUGGCCACACACGGGUUUAGUGGCACUAGCCCCUUUAUGAAUGGUGCCCUUGGAGCCACCAGCCCCUUAGGAGUUCAUCCAUCUGCUCAGAGUCCAAUGCAGCACUUAGGUGUAGGUAUGGAAGCCCCUUUGCUUGGAUUCCCCACAAUGAAUAGUAACUUAAGCGAGGUACAGAAGGUUCUACAGAUUGUGGACAACACGGUUUCCAGGCAAAAAAUGGACUGCAAGGCUGAAGAAAUUUCCAAGUUGAAAGGUUAUCACAUGAAGGAUCCAUGUUCUCAACCUGAGGAACAAGGAGUAACUUCUCCUAAUAUUCCACCAGUAGGUCUUCCGGUAGUGAGUCAUAAUGGUGCCACUAAAAGUAUUAUUGACUAUACAUUAGAAAAAGUCAAUGAAGCCAAAGCUUGCCUCCAGAGCUUGACUACUGACUCGAGGAGACAGAUCAGUAAUAUAAAGAAAGAGAAGCUACGUACUCUAAUAGAUUUGGUUACCGAUGAUAAAAUGAUUGAGAACCACAACAUAGCCACUCCAUUCUCAUGUCAGUUCUGUAAAGAAAGUUUCCCAGGCCCCAUUCCCUUGCAUCAGCAUGAACGUUACCUUUGUAAGAUGAAUGAAGAGAUCAAGGCAGUCCUGCAACCUCAUGAAAACAUAGUCCCCAACAAAGCUGGGGUUUUUGUUGAUAAUAAAGCCCUCCUCUUGUCAUCUGUACUUUCUGAGAAAGGAAUGACAAGCCCCAUCAACCCAUACAAGGACCACAUGUCUGUACUUAAAGCAUAUUAUGCUAUGAAUAUGGAGCCCAACUCUGAUGAACUGCUGAAAAUUUCCAUUGCUGUGGGCCUUCCUCAGGAAUUUGUGAAGGAAUGGUUUGAGCAACGAAAGGUCUACCAGUAUUCGAAUUCCAGGUCACCAUCACUGGAAAGGAACUCCAAGCCGUUAGCUCCCAACAGUAACCCUCCCACGAAAGACUCUUUAUUGCCCAGGUCGCCCAUAAAACCCAUGGACUCCAUAACAUCACCCUCUAUCGCAGAACUCCACAACAGCGUGACGAAUUGUGAUCCUCCUCUCAGGCUAACCAAACCUUCUCAU